CGCAAAUCUCGCGAGACUUCCUGUGUUGUGGUCCAGCUGACUCUCCCGUGGGAGUUACAGGCGAGCAGAACCAUGAGGCUAAAUAACCGAAUAAAGCUUUGACAUUUACCCGCCGUGAACGUCCGGAUCUACAGAUCUUUUUUCACAGAAUGGCUGAAACGGAUCCCAAAUCGGUUCAGGACCUCACUAACGUGGUCCAGACGCUCCUGCAGCAAAUGCAAGACAAGUUCCAGACGAUGUCAGACCAGAUCAUCGGGAGGAUCGAUGAGAUGAGCACGCGAAUCGAUGACCUGGAGAAAAACAUUGCCGACCUGAUGACCCAGGCUGGAGUCGAGGAGGCCGAGGCCACGCCGGAGAAGCCGAAGGAGAGCCAAGGGUCAACCUGAAGGUUCAUGAACGGUGUGAAGUCAGACUUCCUCACUGAUUUGGUGUGACGUGUGAAAUGAUUUUUU